UUUUAAUUGGUGGAUGGUGUUUCCUUUCGGCCAAUCACUGCACAUUUCAUUGGUAAGUCGGGCACAUCGCUCGUAUUGGACCCACACUGCUCAAGGUUUUCUCUGUCGUGGCAAGAGUGGCACGAUGGGUGUGUUAUCCACGCUGAUGAGGGGUCUGAUAAGAGGAGCAGACAGAAUGGCUGAGUUUACCAGCAAGCGUGGGUCAAGGACUCACAAUAAAGGCAGGGGCGCACGGCCCACUGGACUGAGGCUCCCAAGCAGAAAGUUUCUGACCAUACGGGCCAUGAUUCCUGAGUUUGUGGUGCCUAAUUUGGAGGGAUUUAAACUCAAACCCUACGUAUCAUAUCGCUGCCCUAGAGGAACAGAGCCUCCACUCACAGCACAAAGCGUGUUUGAUGAGGUUGUGGCUCCUCAGAUCAGGAAAGACUUCGAAGAGGGCACUUUCAGCAAAGAGCACCUGGAGAAAUAUGGAUUUGAACCCACACAGGAGGAGAAGCUCUUCAAGCUGUAUCCCAAGAAUUAUGUGCGUUAAAGAAAGGCACAUGGCUGCGGACCAACUGUUGUGACACUGAGGAAGAUCACAAAUGGGACUGUAUUUUAUGUUGAGAAAGUUAUUUCCUACCACUGGUUGACUCCUGUUACUUAAUCAUUGGGCAAAAUAAAACUGAAGGGGCUGAGAUCCAUACUGCAGAA